AUGGAAUCGACCUCUUCUUCUUCAACGCCAUUGGUCGUGAAGCUGAAACCCAUUGAAGCCACACCUGAAAGCUUCCAAGAGUUUGGACAGGUCAUUGAGGCGACCCCCGACGGUGGCGAAUUCGGCCCUUCCGACGCUCAGCUUGACCUUACCCGCGGCACCCCAAGGUUAUACAUAAUGCAUCUAGAAGAUCAGAGGCCUAGGUUUUCUAAGAUAAGCCAUCAUGCUAAUGUCACUCAGUGCUUGGGUGCAAUUGGUGGCCAUGUUUGGUACCUUGGAGUUUCUAAACCGUCCCUUGUAGAAGAACCCGACUUCGACGUCGCUGAGCCACCGCCUGAGGUGGUACAAUCACGUUGGGGACAUUUUUACGUGCCUCCCCCAGUUGAUGAAGUUCGUUUCUUCAGGAUUUCGGGCUCCAAGUUUCUUAAGCUCAAUCGUGGAACAUGGCAUGCUGGUCCAUUGUUCAACCCAAAAUCCAUGGACUUUUACAACCUUGAGCUCAGCGAUACCGAUGCUGUCGAUGUCACCACCCAUUACUUCAUUGACAGGGACAAUGUUAAAUUCGUGUUGGAUGAGUAG